UUUAAAAAUAACAGUCGUAGUUAAAACUAUUUAAAUCGAAUGAAGGUUUUGAACAAGCAAUGGAAUUUUAUCCUGGAAUAUCAAAUGGAAGACCAAAGAAUCCUGAUUAUUCCUUGACAACGGAAAGAUUGGCAACAUUCAAACCAUGGUCACCAAAAGGGAUCGUUAUUGAAGAACUCUCAAAGGCGGGAUUUUAUGCUACAGGACGCCAAGACUCUGUAAGAUGCUUCUACUGCGGAGAAGGGAUGCAACACUGGCAACAGGAUGAUGAUCCUUGGAUCGAACAUGCUACACAUUUCCCAGAUUGUGACUAUUUGAAGCUAUGUGUAGGAGAAAAGUUUAUAAAAAAGGCACAGUAUGUGAAUGAAAAAGUUACACAGGAAUCUCCAUGCGAACUUGUGAAAAAACAUCUUGUUCCUGAUCAGCUGAUAGAAGAUUUGAAUAGUAAUGCCUCCCUGCUUCUUAUGGAAAAAGGGUACAAGCAAGAGGAUGUUGAACACGCGAUCGAAAAAGCAAGGGAAAAGCACGGUAGCGGAGAUUUAAGGGCUCCCGUUAUUCUCGAGGCUCUACUUGAAAGCGACUCGUUUACCACGCCCUGUAGCAAAGACGCAUUAUCUUCUCCACGACCAACCAACCAUACGAAUUUGUCAAAUGGCCACGCUGAACGACUAGUACAUUUUCCUGUCAGUUUGGUAGAUAGUUUCUCUGAGUCCCUUGGAGAAAAGACAUAUACCGAAGAUGCACUUGAUACUGAGCAAGACCGUUUGUUGAAAGAGAACCGUGCUCUGAAACACAGGAUGACCUGCAAAAUAUGUCUGGACAAUGAUGCAUGUAUUGUGUUUAUUCCGUGUGGGCACAUGGUAUCAUGCACGCAAUGUGCUGGCAGACAGAACAAGUGCGCAGUCUGCAGGGCUGAUAUAAAAGACACAAUACGGGCAUAUCCCGCCUGAAACCCAAAGAUAUUAAAGCUUGGGUAAAUGUUGAUAAAUAAAAAA